ACUAAUAUUUUACAAAGCAACUAAAAAAACAUCGAAGAAGCGGAAUAAAAUAUUAUUCUUUAAACUAGAGACGUGAGCAAUUGAACAAAUUCGAAUUUCGCUUAAAAUGGAUGAUAUACGCAGCAGCAUGGACAACAUGAUGGAUCGUUUUAACGACAGCAUAACACACUCGGCGCCCAAGAAGCUGCUAUUUAACCGGCUUUCCGCCUCCUUCAGUGAGGAUUUAGUGGCUUCUCCCAAAAAGCGGCGCCUGGAGCAGGAAUCACCGGAACGUAGUCUGAACUCGAGUGCCGCUUCCUUGAACAAUUCCUCCAACGAUCCAUUGGGUUCCUGGCAGAGCAGCAAACUCCGAACGGAUCUAAUCGAAAGUAAGGCUACAGUUCUCAAGCUUCGCAACGAACUCGAAAAAAAGGACCGAGAGCACCGUCAGGCCAUAAUGCUUGCAGAGAGCAAGAGCUCAGCCCUAAAAGAGCAGUGCGAUAUCACCUGCCAGAAGCACUUGGAACUGCAGAAAGAGUUUGAGAUUUUGCGAAAGCGUGAGCUAUCAUUUAAGGAUGAAGCCAGUAGGGCAACCGCCGAAUUGUCUCGACUUAAAUUAAGGUAUGACGAGGCCAUGACAAAGUUGCAAAAGGAGAAGUAUCUACAGGUGGAGGAUGCCCGCAAUGUCCAGCUGUGCAUCAGCAACGAGCUAAGCGAAUAUCGCCGCAUAGCCCAACGGGCCGAUCUCGAGCUGCAGUCCACGGUAAAUGAACUGGAUCUUUUACGUGUGCGCCACGAAGAGUUGAAAGCACGGGUGUCUAAAUACGAAAAGCUACGCGGUGAAUAUGAGAUGCAGACGCAAAGUCUAAAGGUGGCCACUGAUCGUAUUCAUGAGCUAGAGUUCGAGAUUCAAUCGUACAGCGAUUGGAAGGAGGUGACCAAAACCUCGCAAGAGCGUCUAGCAAGUGUUCCGGAUCUCCGGGCUGAGGUCGAACGCCUGCGCAGCCACAACAAGCAUCUUAACACUCUGAUAGGUGAUAAAUUACUGCUAGAGGAGAAGGUUCAUGACUAUAAAACGCGACUCGAUCGGGAGGAAGGGGCCCGUGCAGAGGCAGCGUCAUUACAGGUGAAAUUAUCUCAUGUCGAGCAAGAACUUAAGGAGUGGGUCAAAGUGGCCCAGGAUCACUGCUUGGCCAACACAUUGGUUAGUCCGAUGGCUCUACGCUCGCGCAUUGAGCAACUUCUUAAGGAGGACAUUAUCAAUGUGGCGGAGAAGUCGUCUGCCGCCUCGGACACCAAACAUUUACAGAGCUCAAUUCGUGAUCUGGAGCAAAAGUGCACCUCUUACUUGAAGAACAUCGAAGAUCUUAAUAUCGUGUUAAAGCGCCACAAAAACUUCAAGGAGAGACUGCAGCGUAAGCUGAUCACCGUGUCCAAAGAGCGCGACUUCUAUAAGCAGAUGGUAGAGAACUUCGAUAAGGAUUUGACCAUGAGCAAUGCCAGUGUCGCAGAUAUGACGCAAGAUAUGCAGGUUCGUUACCGUGUGGAGGUGCUCGAACGCACAGUCACCGGUUACAAGGACAUGUGUGCCACGUUGGAGCGUGAAAUUCAGGCUAUGCGCCAGCAGGAGCCACUUCCCGAGCCCACCGAAGGCUACGAAAGUGUCAAAAAGGAUCUGGAUACACUGCGCCUAGAAAACGAAAAGUUGCGUAGGCGCAAAGAGGAACUCGAGCUGGAGAUGAUGCACCGCUGCCUACGCGGAGACUUCAACAUGAAGGACUACAAGGUGGUGCAUCUCAAUGAAAAUCCCGCUGCUGAAGCUUAUGAGUUAAGUAAGAAUAUGAUGGAGAAGCUGCAGGCGGAGAUUGAGAGACUUAAGCGUCGAAACAAGAAGUUGGAAGACGAUCAGGAGCAACGACUUAAUGAGACUACUAGCACGGGCGGCAUGACCCUGAACUUCAAGGAGUUUAACCAACUGCGUGCAGAAUUGGAGUCAGCGAACGGUAAGAUGCGCAAGAUGAAGGAUUGCUUUAAGGCGGCCCGAGAGGAAUUUCGAGAUGUGUGCUAUAUGCUUUUGGGAUAUAGGAUCGACCGCAUAGGCGCCAACAGCAAUUAUCGCAUUUCCAGCAUGUUUGCAGAGGGACCGGAUGACUAUUUGGAUAUCAGUCUCAACGAAUCGAAUUGCUUAGCUCUGCUGGAGUCUCCCUAUUCACAUACUUUCAAUCCGCCCAUUGAUCAGCAGCUGGCCGCAACUAAUUUUCCUGCAUUCUUUUCCGCCCUUACCCUGGAACUUUUCCAACGGUCAACUGUCACCAUGAAUUAGAAAACCAUUAAUUUAGACGUAGGUUAAGUUAGCCAAGCGAGGAACAGCAAAAUGAAUUCUUGUCAGCAUCAGAUAUACGAUUGAUUUUCUUUAUAAACCUAUAAGCCGCCCGACAGACUGUAUUAAAAUGCGAAAUUAUUUAUA